GGUUUUUUUUGAAAUGCAUGCUUUGCUCGACAUGCUGCUCGCAGUGCUGCUCCUGUCGUUUUGCCUUAGCCUCGCUUGCGCCAGCGACGUAUCGUGUAGGAACAGCGCCUAUUGCAGUACUGGAAAGCUUGUAGGCUACGUCGGGCCUUUGGAUACUGUGGAGCAAUCAAAAGCUGCAUUCACAAACACCCAUUACAAGCGGGAGCUCAUCAUCUUCGGAGAGACUCGGGUCGAGUUCGCGGCACAUACAGCGGACCGUUGUAGGAGGGCUGGAUACGAUCAUGUAUUGCCAGUCCUCGUCUUGCCAGACGACUGCCAGAGGUAUACGCGACUAUUCACGACAUAUGACGGCAGAUAUAGAAAUUCCAGCCAAGAAGCCAACAUGUCUUGCGGUUGGUAUCGUACAAAGGACGACAACGACGUGCCGUACGCAUCUGGUUUUGAGUACCUCAGGCAUGAGGUUGGCGUUACCGCGUGGUGGCGUAAAUGGUUCACGGCAGCUCGUGCGGUAAUGCUGGGCUACAACGUGAUGGCGAUUGACGAGGACGUUGUCGUACUUGGGGACUGGUAUGGCUUGGUUAAGAGUCCCCCGCUGUCGCAAUACACCAUGUUUAGUCAGGCGGAGUGCCCGAACUGCAUCAACGGGGGUUUCAGCUACAUCCAGAACGCCGCCCCCAACGGCCCCGCUGCCUACAUGUUCUACGAACCCAUGCACAGAGUGGUUCGCUGGGCGGAGAACGCGACACGCCUCGCCAACAUCUCCAGCAAAUUCUUUGACGACCUAGGUCGGUUUUACGCUGAAGAUCAGACCAUGAUGACUGACGUGCUGCUUAGCUGCGCUGCUGGGCGGCCGCUCUACUUUAUGUUGCUGUUAUCGAUGAGAAACGAUGAAGCAGGUUGGGCCAAGCUUGGAGGUCGCGAGAAUGUGUCAUACCCGGCUUACACAAUGGCCAUACAUAAAAUGGGAGACAAGGAGUUGCUGCUUGAGGGCCCUAUUGCGGAUAAGGUUUGGGGCGAUCUCUGGCCGGCCAUAUCCGACCCGCCGAGGGAAGCGGAUGGGCGGCUCAAAGUGAGCCUCAGGACAGCCGAGCUGCACAUGCCGCAUAGUGGCGGCGAGUGGCCGAUGCACAUGGGGGGCUACCUGUACGGCACUCCAGGGCCCUACACCCUGUCGUACCGCAAGGCAUUUCAAGACCUGGGCGUGCCCCUGCCUCCUGACCCCGAGGAUCCCGCCACUGCCGCACAGGCCCAAGCCACAAAGCCUGAGCUGUUCGCGCUGAUUGGUGUAGAUGACUUGCUGCCUCGUACGGACGAUCGCAAGCGGAUUCUGGGAACCUGGCUGGAACACAACUGGUUCGCGCACGGACGGCUAGGGCACUGGCACCUGCACCUGCAGCCCAAGUAUACCAAUGCUAUGGGCCACAUUCAUGGAGGCUUGCCGCUCUUUGCUGACGACGAUAAGUUCGCAGCGAAGCGAGUCGGUUUGCAGCACAUGGGCCAUUACAACUGGCAUCUGGCGGCUUGGAUGCACGGCGGCCCUGCGCGCGUGUACUUCGCCACGGAACAUGACGCUGACGCCAAACUUACCUUGCAACGCGUGGUGGCGUAUGCGCCGGGCGUGCUGCACUACGGACUAUCCAAGGAGACGUUCAUCGCCGCGGUGUCCCAGCUGGCUCGCGUGGCGGUGGCGCUGCGGGCGGUGGCGGCCUGGCCGGCUGUGGACUGCUCAUCG